AUGGGGCCUAGCAUUCCUCUCCUCCUGUGGUUGCUUUUAUCCUGGUCCUGCUCCCUUCAGGGACAGUACCCCGACUAUAUGGCAUACUUGGAGCGCCAGCUGGCUACCUUGGAGGAGCGGAUGGCCCAGUGCCAAGACCAGACAAGUCGGCAUGCGGCAGAGCUGCGGGACUUCAAAAACAAGAUGUUGCCACUGCUGGAUGUGGCUGAGAAGGAACGGGAGGCCCUCAGGAUUGAGGCAGACUCCAUCUCAGGGAGGGUAGACAGUUUGGAACGGGAGGUGGACUAUCUAGAGAGCCAGAACCCCACACUCCCCUGUGUAGAGGUGGACGAGAAGGGAACCGGAGUAGGCCCAGGGAACAAAAGCAAGGGCCGAAGAAAUGAGAAAUAUGACAUGAUGACAGACUGCGGCUACACUAUCUCUCAGGUGAGAUCCAUGAAGAUCCUAAAGCGGUUUGGCGGGCCCACUGGUCUGUGGACCAAGGAUCCCUUGGGUCCUACCGAGAAGAUCUUCGUGUUGGAUGGGACCCACAACGACACAGUUUUCAUAUUCCCAAGACCUCGUGACUUCACCUUGGCCAGGACUGCUAGGAAGGCCAUCCGGGUUCGAGUGCCCUUCCCCUGGAAGGGCACAGGCCAACUGGUGUAUGGCGGCUUUCUCUAUUAUGCCAGGAGGCCCCCCGGAGGCCCUGGCGGGGGUGACAAGUUGGAAAACACUUUGCAGCUCAUCAAGUUUCAUCUGGCCAACCGCACGGUGGUGGACAGCUCCGUGUUCCCGGCCGAAGGCUUGAUCCCCCCAUAUGGUCUCACUGCUGAUACCUAUAUUGACCUGGCGGCCGAUGAGGAGGGCCUUUGGGCUGUCUAUGCCACCCAGGAGGACGACAGACACUUAUGUUUGGCCAAGUUAGACCCACACACACUGGGCACGGAGCAGCAGUGGGACACGCCGUGUCCCCGAGAGAAUGCAGAAGCUGCCUUUGUCAUCUGUGGGACUCUCUAUGUGGUCUACAACACACGGCCUGCCAGUCGGGCCCGCAUCCAGUGUUCCUUUGAUGCCAGUGGCACGCUAAGCCCCGAAAGGGCGGCCCUCCCUUAUUUCCCCCGUCGGUACGGUGCCCAUGCCAGCCUCCGCUAUAAUCCCCGUGAGCAGCAACUGUAUGCCUGGGAUGAUGGCUAUCAGAUUCUUUAUAAGCUGGAGAUGAAGAAGAAAGAGGAAGAGAUCUGAAGAGCAAGCCUUG